GAAGAAGUCAGAUGAUGGGGGGGCCCUGCAUGCCCCUGGCUCCGUCAUACAGAAGGAAAAUAACAAGAAUGACAAGAAGAUCCUGGAACUCAUGUCCAACAUCAUCCAGCUGCUGACUGGAGAGGUUGCCAUAAGGACUCAUCAUGUUUCCAUCUAUUUUUCCUUGGACGAGUGGGACUAUAUAAAAGGAAACAAGGACCUUUAUGAGGAAGGGAUAAAGGAGGAGCCCCAGCAGCCCCUCCCACCGGACAGUGAAUAUGAAGAUGAGAGAGAUAUCACAGCUGAUCUGGGAGGAACAUUAUAUUAUAAUAAUGAGCCAGGCAAGGUUGGGGCUGAAGAAGCAGAUUUUUGUGCUGAAGGAAACAUCUCAAACCCUAAAAUUUCCCCAGCAGAUCAGCCCCCACCAGCCAAUGGGAUUAAAGAGGAAACUGCUUCAUGUAAAGAGGGAAACCAAUCAGAUUGUAGGAUUAAUCCACUUACAGAAAAGGUAAAGGGAACAGAUACACCUACUCCUAUCAUGGGAUGCAGCCUGAAUAACAGCCUGGCAGCUAAUUAUAUGUCAGUUGUUCUUAAAGAGGAAACGGCUUCAUGGGAAGAAGAAAAGCACCUUGCAGAACAAACUCAAUCGACUCUCAAGGGUUGUAGACUGAAUAACAACGUGUUCUCUAAGGAUACAUCAGAUGGAAUUAACGGGGAGUUGGUUUUAUGGCAAACGGACCAUAAUUACUGUAAGAUAAAUACAAUUUCAGGACAGAUACAGAGAACAGAUAAAAUAGCUGAUAUUAUGGACUGCAGCCUGACUAACAACUCACAAGGUGAUUAUGUAUCAUUUGUUAUUAAAGAGGAAGCAGCUUCAUGCAAAGAGGAUAACCAAACAAAUUGCAGCAUUAAUCCACUUACAGAACAGAUACAGGAAACAGAUACACCUACUCCUAUUAUGGGAUGCAGCCUCUUAAUAAUAAAGGAUAAUAAAGAUGAUAAAAAUGCAGAGACGUCCCCACAUGAACAUCAUUUAACAAAAGAGAUUAUUCAUAAGAAAUAUUGUUGCAGCCAGUGCCACAGACAAUUUCUUCAAAAAAGAGACGUUGUUAGACAUGAAAGAACUCAUACAAGUCAGAUACACGUUUCUCCUCACAGAAAUCUUUAUACUCAUCUUAAUGUUCAUACAGCUAAGCAACCCUUGUCUUGUUCUGAAUGUGAGAAAUGUUUUACCAGAUCAGCAGAACUUACUGACCAUCAACGAACCCACACAGGAGAAAAACCAUUUUGUUGUUCUGAAUGUGGGAAAUUUUUUUUGAAAAAAAGGAACCUUAAAGAUCAUCAGAGAACUCACACAGGGGAGAAACCAUUUCCUUGUUCUGAAUGUGGGAAAUGUUUUGGCAGAUCAUCAAUACUUACUGCCCAUCAAAGAACUCACACAGGAGAGAAACCAUUUUCUUGUUCUGAAUGUGGGAAAUGUUUUACAAGUUCAUCAUACCUUACUGUCCAUCAACGAUUACACACCGGAGAGAAACCUUAUUCUUGUUCUGAAUGUGGGAAAUGUUUUUCGAAUCAAAGGAGCCUAAGAUAUCAUCACAAAGCCCACACGGGAGAGAAACCUUUUUCUUGUUCGGAAUGUGGGAAAAGUUUUUCAACAAAAUUUAUUCGUAACAAUCAUUACAGAACCCACACAGGGAUGAAACCUUUUUCUUGUUCAGAAUGUGGGAAAUGUUUUAGCAGUUCAUCAAAUCGUACUGUCCAUCAACGAUCCCACACCGGAGAGAAACCUUAUUCUUGUUCUGAAUGUGGAAAAUGUUUUUCGAAUCAAAGGAGCCUAAGAUAUCAUCACAAAGCCCACACGGGAGAGAAACCUUUUUCUUGUUCGGAAUGUGGGAAAAGUUUUACAAGAAAAAGUAUUCGUAACAAUCAUUACAGAACCCACACUGGAGAGAAACCGUAUUCUUGUUCUGAAUGUGGGAAAUGUUUUUCAUGUAACCGUAAUCUUAAGUUACACUUACAACUGCACAAGGAGGAAAACCAUAGGGUUGCCAUAAGGACUCAUCAUGUUUCCAUCUAUUUUUCCUUGGACGAGUGGGACUAUAUAAAAGGAAACAAGGACCUUUAUGAGGAGAGAGAGAAGGAGGAGCCCCAGCAGCCCCUCCCACCGGACUGUGAAUAUGAAGACAAGAAAGAUAUUACAGCUGAUCUGGGAGGAACAUUAUAUUAUAAUAAUGAGACAAGCAAGAUUGGGGCUGAAAAAGCAGAUUUUUGUGCUGAAGGAAACAUCUCAAACCCUAAAAUUUCCCCAGCAGAUCAGCCCCCACCAGCCAAUGGGAUUAAAGAAGAAACUGCUUCAUGUAAAGAGGGAAACCUAUCAGAUUGUAGGAUUAAUCCACUUACAGAAAAGGUAAAGGGAACAGAUAUACCUACUCCUAUCAUGGGAUUUAGCCUGAAUAACAGCCUGGCAGCUAAUUAUAUGUCAGUUGUUCUUAAAGAGGAAACGGCUUCAUGGGAAGAAGAAAAGCACCUUGCAGAACAAACUCAAUCGACUCUCAAGGGUUGUAGACUGAAUAACAACGUGUUCUCUAAGGAUACAUCAGAUGGAAUUAACGGGGAGUUGGUUUUAUGGCAAAUAGACCAUAAUUACUGUAAGAUAAAUACAAUUUCAGGACAGAUACAGAGAACAGAUAAAAUAGCUGAUAUUAUGGACUGCAGCCUGACUAACAACUCACAAGGUGAUUAUGUACCAUUUGUUAUUAAAGAGGAAGCAGCUUCAUGCAAAGAGGAUAACCAAUCAAAUUGCAGCAUUAAUCCACUUACAGAACAGAUACAGGAAACAGAUACACCUACUCCUAUUAUGGGAUGCAGCCUCUUAAUAAUAAAGGAUAAUAAAGAUGAUAAAAAUGCAGAGACGUCCCCACAUGAACAUCUCUUAACAAAAGAGAUUAUUCAUAAGAAAUAUUGUUGCAGCCAGUGCCACAGACAAUUUCUUCAAAAAAGAGACGCUGUUAGACAUGAAAGAACCCAUACAAGUCAGAUACACGUUUCUCCUCACAGAAAUCUUUAUACUCAUCUUAAUGUUCAUACAGCUAAGAAACCCUUGUCUUGUUCUGAAUGUGGGAAAUGUUUUACCAGAUCAUCAGAACUUAUUGUCCAUCAACGAACCCACACAGGAGAAAAACCUUUUUGUUGUUCUGAAUGUGGGAAAUGUUUUACCAGAUCAUCAGAACUUAUUGUCCAUCAACGAACCCACACAGGAGAAAAACCUUUUUGUUGUUCUGAAUGUGGGAAAUUUUUUUUGAAAAAAAGGAACUUUAAAGAUCAUCAGAGAACUCACACAGGGGAGAAACCAUUUCCUUGUUCUGAAUGUGGGAAAUGUUUUGGCAGAUCAUCAGUACUUACUGCCCAUCAAAGAACUCACACAGGAGAGAAACCAUUUCCUUGUUCUGAAUGUGGGAAAUGUUUUAGCAGUUCAUCAAAUCUUACUGUCCAUCAACGAUCCCACACCGGAGAGAAACCUUAUUCUUGUUCUGAAUGUGGAAAAUGUUUUUCGAAUCAAAGGAGCCUAAGAUAUCAUCACAAAGCCCACACGGGAGAGAAACCUUUUUCUUGUUCGGAAUGUGGGAAAAGUUUUACAAGAAAAAGUAUUCGUAACAAUCAUUACAGAACCCACACUGGAGAGAAACCGUAUUCUUGUUCUGAAUGUGGGAAAUGUUUUUCAUGUAACCGUAGUCUUAAGUUACACUUAAAACUGCACAAAGGAGGAAAACCAUAGGUUUGUUCUCAGGCAGUUCCUUCUUAAUUUGGAAACCUAAGUGGUCAUUGACUUCAUUGAAGCUGUUAUUUCCCUUUCUUGGGUUUAAGAGUGAAGAUACAUGUGCCGUUUGGUUGCCACGAUUUUUUAAACGUAUUGCUACAUUUGUCUAUAACGGCAAUUUGUACUGGUGACUCACCCACCACAGUUACCCAUAAACUGUUGCUCAAGAUCUCUUACAGUGACCCGAUGAGUGUUUUUGCGUCAUGUUUAGUCAUGUUUAGUGCCGUCUUUGUCUUCGAGGAAAAUGCUUUUUUUUAAAUUUAUUUAUUUAUUUUUUUUGCAACAGUUGGUGUUAAUUUUUUUAUAUUUUCAACAUAUGAAGGAAAAAGAAAAAUAAAGAAGUAGAGCUAGGUGAUACUGGUUGCAUCCUCAAAGAUCAGAAAAUUUCAGAUGAAUUCUACAUGAAGACUAAUUUUUAAAGCUGCUUGGGUUCAUUGGAUGGAAAACACAGAGUUACCAUGCCAUCAAAUAAUGGCUCCAAGUACUGGAAGUAUAAAAAGUAUUUUUCAAUUGUCCCCCUAGCAGUUACUACUGUUUUUUCAUCAUUGAUGCGGGAGCCUGUGGAAGUACUGGAGAUUUCAUUGCUUUCAGAAAUUCAGCACUGGGAUAGAAAAUAUAUGAUGGUUUUCUAUUCCUUCCUUAGCCCAAGCCAUUACCUGGAACAGCAGCACCAGAUAUGCCAUUUGUGUUUGUUGGGGAUGAGACAAAUUCUUAUUAGGCCUUAUACAUGAACUCUAGGGGGCAGAUUCAUCAAGGCUCAAAUAGUAAAUUCAAAUUCUAAUUUUCAAAUUUCAAAAUUCACACGGUCUAAUUUUAAUCCCCCUAUUUGAAUGCAAAUUUGAAUGUGAGAUUUAUCA